GACCACUCCAUCGGCAUGCAUUGGUCAUAAGAUCCAUUAUGUUGAAAGGUAAUUAUCAUGAGUGUUCCUUUGAGAAUUUCAUCACAUACACCAACCAAUAUGCAGAUUCAAGCAACUGUACAAUUGGCUCAAUAGUCGCAUGGAUAAACAAUGAGGAAGAAUGCAUAGUAGUAUUGCGAGUAAUCCACUUCAAAUGGUUGCCCAGUGCAGGCCAUACUACCUUCAGUUUAACUAACGAAAGAAAAUGAUUUCUCUUUAACAAUGAAGAAUUUAUGCACUAUGGACACGCAUUGAUAUCUUAAUAGUGAAAAUUGGGUUGGUAUGAAUAAAUAAACUCAUGGAAUGGUGAUAAAAGAAACCCAAACAUCCAAUAUAUAUGAGUUUAAGUUUUCGAAGUCACAUUCAAGUAAACACAUCCAUCCCAACAAAGCUUAUUUGAAAAACAUGUCAACUGUUUGCGUAGAAUGUUUAAGCAAACACAUAUGUUUGAGGUAUACAACAACACCAUUCUUUCUUAUAGAUCAGUUUUCCUUGAAACUAAUAGUUAACUUAUGAUCUCUAAAUUUCCACAACCAAACACUGGUUACCUCAUUGUAAUCACCUGCCAACACCAUCAUCUUGGAUGUUCGUAUUUGUAGACAUGCUGAUGUCAGUUGCAAACUCAGCUAAUAGAACCACCCAGAUGCAGCUCUCUUUCUAUCAACAGUGUGUAGUAGUAUGUUGGUAGCUGCUGGCAAAUUAAUUAAAAAGAAGAAGCUAACAAAUAUGGGCUCAAUCGCACAUAAAUUGGAGAAAAUAUUUAGCAACCGACAGCCUCCUUUUGCGAAAACUGGGGGCAAAUUUGAAAAGGAUUUAGGAUGUUUUGUACCUUUGGUAGCAGAUGACUGGAAACAAGGACGGUUUGGGAGGCACAGCGUGAGAGGAGAAGGAUUAUUUGCUCGAUGGUCGGAUUUGGGAGAGGAUUCCGGGGACCGAUUUUGAGAGGCAUAGUGCGAGAGAAGAUAAUUGCUCCGCUCGACGGCGGGGUUUGGAAGGGACUUCCGAGGGCGGUUCCACAAUCGAGAAUAAUAGUUCACUGGAGGUUUGGAAGGAGACUUUCGGCGCCUAUGCUGGGGAUUCGGAAUAGGGGUGGGCAUUGGUGCGGUCCAAACCGCUCCGCACCGCAUUGGUAUAAACCGCACCGCAUCGCAAGAUAAUUGGAUCGCCCCGCAUAUAAGACCGCAAAUUAUUGGUGCGGUCUAACCGCACCGCAUAAAUUAGCGGUUUGGAGCGGUUUGGUCCGUUACCGCAUUUACGACCGCAAAGUGCAAUCAUCUAAAGACGAUUUCAUCAUGGAGCUUCGGCAGAAAUAAUGAGACGGUAGUUCCAAAUGGACUAAGAUGUGAAGCAACUGUUGAUGAAAUUUGGUUUGGUUCUAUUAAAAGAAAAAGUGAAACCCCAUCUGGCCAUCAUAGCAUCCUUUCUCCCUGUUCUCUAUCAAGCUCUCUGUCAAGCUGGCAAAAAUCAUGAAUAAAUAAACUAUGGCUUCUUCUCUAAUUUGCUGAACCAACUGCUUACUCCUAACGAGACUUGUUUACACAUGAGUACUAUUAAAAGAACAACAACAAACAAAAGAUGUUCUCAAGCCUCCCACAUACAACAACCAAAUUUAGAUAUAAAUACAACAAUGUAAAUCCUUUAAUACUAUUCAUGGAAGUUGCUCAAACUAAAGUUGUUUUCGAACAAAAAGUUGUUCUCUUUCGCUGAGUAGUAACUCUAUAGCAAGGCCCCUAGUUCUAUUUCACUGUCUAAUUCUCCGUCUUCUAGCAGCAGUACCUUAAGCCAGUCCUCAUGAAGUUGAAGCACACACACAAGCAGCAGCUGCAACACAUGUCAGGAAACAAGCAUAAAGAGUUAAGUCUACCCUUUGACAAUAGACACAAGAAACAAGGAAUCCUCUGGAUUUCAAGACUUUGACUGGUUGUUCUUGACUUGGGAAAGAGAGGAAUCAAGAAAUUGAAAACCCAGCUGUUAGUUUCAUCAAGUUCUUGUGCAUUCUUACUGAUUCUAGUUGUAGAAGGAUUGAGAGGAAUAUCAAGCAGUGGCUAAUGGCGGCAUGAAAGGUUGAAACAAAUAUGGGAAAGAAAAUAGUUAUAAACAGAAUGUACAAAUUGAUCAGAGGUUGCUUUAUGAUCCAAACUCACAAACCCAGUAGAGGAAAAUGCAGCAGCCAUGGAAGUUGUUAUCCCACAUACUCGAUUGGCUUAAAUACGUUAUGAUCCAGUGUACAAAUAUAUCUUAAGUGGGAUUAUUAUAAUCUUGCUUACUAGCAUAAAAUGGUUCUCUAGUCUAGCAAAGUGCUGCCAACCAAUUAGAUCAAUUACCUUAUGUGUUUGCACUUGCCUGUACAUUAGGACUCGUACGAGGAAGUGGAACAUUAGAGAUCUCAAUAUUCUUCAACACCCUGCUCAGCUCUGAAAUUCAUAAAAUGGCAUCAUCAACUUGAUCAUUAAACAAAAAUUCAGAUUCACUGUUUUGGUUGUUGUUGUUGCAGGUAUUUUAAAAAUAUAAGAUGGCUAGGCUAGGACAAUUUAGCUUCCAAGUGGAUGUAUGGGAAAUUAGGUAGUGAACCUCCACUCCCUUAACGUGUUAUGCUGACUAAAUUUUUUCACCAUACAACAAUCAAUAAAUUGAGAAACCAUGCAUCCAAGGAACAGAACAUGAGUAAGAAGACCAGUUCUUGUUGUAGGAGUCAAGGUAGACAUCGAGUAAUAUGGUUUCUAAUGCAACGCUUGUGUGUGUUUCAAACUAUUUUUGUAAAGUUUUGCUUAUGAAUCUGUCCAAUUCUAUCACAAACCAGUUUUUUCUGAGCUAGGCAACUGCCCCUAAUUCAAAUGCAAUGAACUAAUCAACAAGAAAAUAAAAUGCUAGUGCUCCCAACCAAACACAGAUAUCCAUCCCCUUUGGUUGGCAAGUCGUUUGCAGAAAAGAAACCCUGCAUUCUUUCAUUUUUUUUAUUUCUCAAAGCAAACUAAAGGAUAAGGAGCUGAGCGAGGAAUGCUGCACAGAGGUCCAAGAACAGGAACUUAUGUCCGUCUCUCUAACACACAUCAACACAAAACCAUUAAAAACAUUGAUCCUUGUGCUACUGCUUGUCUCAUCUCAUCACACAUAAGUAAACACACAUCAAAUCCAGCUUAAACAUGCAUCGCAGGUCCACUAAAAAUGUAACCAUAGUCAAGAAACUCACCUCACUAGAUACCGAUGCUUGAGCUUGUUUUCCCUGCGAGCUUUUUGAUUUCAUUUUGCAGAUAAUAGUAUCUUUUUUUUCUCGGAUUCAUUACAACCCUAUAAGCAGAUGAAAGAACAUACUUAGAAAUAAAGUGUCUACCAUCUCCACCCCAUAGCAGCAGCUUUAGCACUCUUGAACAAUUUGACUAAUAGCUUUAGCUAUCGGUUUCUUGCUAGAUAGCUAGUUCAGAUGAUUAAUUAGAAGCACACACCCCUUCUCCAACCCAUCGAGAAAAUGGAAUCACAUCACAUGCUUGAUAUAACUAUUAACAGGAAAAUUUUGAUUAACACCCUUAAUGUUUGAGCUACCUGCAACAGCUAACUCACACAGCCAGACACUUCAGAAGCUAAAGAACUGGACAUCGAAAGGGGAAAACCAGCGACUCUAUAACAUAUUGAUAUCAGCUGGAUAUUUUUCUAAGAUUCGAGAAAUUGAAGCACAACCUAAUGUUCCCAUGACAGAAAUAAGCAGACACAGAUCAUGAAUUGUAGCAAAUUGAACCCAGAUCUAAGAAAAGCUAGAUAAUCUUAGAAUCCCUUACUAUAACAGAGAAUGAAACGCACCAAGCAUCGUCUCGUCCUUGUGAGCCUGAAUGGAGAUGAGAUUAGAUGGGAAGUGGAAAUCUUCGAAAGCGAUUCUACUGCUUCCUCCGCCGCCAACGACGGCCGACUGGGGAGUGCUUUUGAUAGUUCACCAAAGCACCGUAGCUCAGAGGAUAGGAUAGGUCGAGGUGCGCUCCAUCAAGAAAUCUCGAGAGCUCUCGCCUCUAGGUGGUGCGCGACGUUGAGAGGGACAAGAAGCUUGAGAGUCGGGACGGAGGCGAGAAUUGGUAGCGAGAGGAACCGUCAGCGAUGGCGUCGCCGGUGAGGCUUCUAGUAAGUCGGCCACCGCGGAGAAGAGAUCGGGUCGUGGCAUGCGAUGUGGUGAGAACUGAAAAUCCUCGCUGAAGUGUUGGUGGGCGAUGUUGUAGGGAUUUAACGGUUUGCGGUUUUGAACUGCAACCGCGCGGUUUCGGUCGGCUCGUACCGCAAAACCGCGAACCGCUUAAUAAUGAAACCUCAAAUGAAACCGCAAUCCUAAAGGUGCGGUUUGGGCUGACCGCACAAGCGAUUUGGAGCGGACGGAGCGGUUUGGACCGCACCAAUGCCCACCCCUAAUUCGGAAGCAUGAUUGAGAAUGCAACGGUGAUGCAGGACGGUGCGGUUGGAUCUCCGAGAGGGUUUGAGAGGCGAGAGAAAGAAGGAUUAAGGAAGUUACAGGAAGGUCCCUCCGUAGUGUGCGGGUUAUGCAGGAGGGGCUGACGUGGCAAAUCAAUUAUAUUGACAUUG